AUGGGAUGCACGGUCGGUGACGUGUGGGCCCGAAGCCGGUUACCUGAAGCUGUUGGCUUGAUGCUGCUGCAAGGCGAGGGCCGGGAGCGGCCAGCUAUGGAGGACGACUGCUCUGCUAGGCCGUGUGCCACUGACUUUUCUAUCGCUGCUAUUAUGGCUAGGGACAGGCAGGAGAGGCGAGAGAGAAGAAGGCAUAGAGACCCCAGAGAGGAUACUUUAACUCCUUUAGAGAAAUUCGUUGAUGCCACAGCAUCUGCUUCUGGGUCUCCAUCGCCGCCACUUGCUGAUUUUGAACGAGAUUCGCCCGUAGACGUCUCGUCAACCUCUGAAGCGGGCUCUAUGAGUGGAGCACCGGGCGGCUCCAGGACCUUAUCGCCAACACCACGAAACCCUCAGUUGGUUGAGCGGUGGUCUAGUGACGAAAUGAAACACAUACAGUGUCAUCUUGAAACUAAGGAACUGUGGGAUAAAUUCAACGAACUGGGAACUGAAAUGAUUAUCACCAAGACUGGAAGGUAA